UUUGUUGGUAAAUAAAGAGUACCGUUUCAGGUCGUGUAACUGUUGUACUUUUCAAAAUUUAAAUAGUUAGCGGAUAUUUUUCCCCAAAAAUGUCAGCAAAACAAGGUAAAAGUUGUGAAAAUGUUACCGAACGUAUGCAACAGCUCCAUUUUAACGAGCAGCAGAGAAAUAUGAAGCCAGGGAUGUGCAACAAGUUCAUGCACGCGGUUAUCGAUCCCGACUUCCUGCAAGGCGAUCACGGAUCCGAAGUUCUUUCUAAGCUGAACGAUUUAAGCCUCAAGUACGAAAUCAAACGGCAAAAGUUUCCCCGCGUGGUCACAUUUUACCGCGCCAACACGCAAACCCUCACCGUACAGGGCGCCGUUACCGCCAGAACUACUCCGCUAAAAUUUAUCGUUCAUUUGAUGACGGGCCAGCAACUGGUGCUGCACGUGAAGGAGGGAACUCUGCGGUCGCUUGUUGAUCGGCUGACGACCCUGUAUCCGGGCACGGUGGUUUCGUUGCUUGUUUUUGGAUUGGUCAGCUACUGUCGCAGCAACAGGAACUGCGUCGGGCGCAAGGAAACGGAAACGGCGCUGACGGAAGUACAGCUGUUUAGCAAGUGCUCGUAUCAGCUGCUGGAUACGGCUGAGGAGGUUGGGAAUUUCGUUGCUCAGUUGGGGAAAAGUUUGGCAGAGUUGCCGUACAAACAGCAGCAGUACGAUAAGUAUUGCCAGGAGCAGCUUUAUUUGGGGAACGAAAAGAAGGGUUGCGUACGAGUUGAAGGGAGUGCCGGACUGCAUCAGUUGUACCAGAACCAGCUGGUUAAAAUUCCUUCGGUUUCGCUGGAAGUUGCUGAAGCCAUCAUCAGUGUUUAUCCGAGCUUGAGCCAGCUGAUUGACGGGUUUCGUUUCGCAGCCGAUGGUCCCAACCUGCUGGCGGACAUUCCCAUUCGACGAGCGGGUGGACCCGUAACGACGUCGAUUCGGCGAAUCGGACCGGAAAUGAGUAAGAAGAUUUACCUGCUUUACAGCAGUUUGGAGUCGAGUCAGGAACUGUGAGUAUUAUUUAGCCGUUACUUCAUUGCUUAAUAAAUCAUUCUAAAUUUAUA